CAGACUUGAAAACAAGUUGCUUUUUCCCCUUUCCGUAAACUUCUUUCUUGACUCCACGUUUUGGCGCUCCUUGCUCCCCCAUCGCCUUGCGUGAGUGAGGGCGGUAGGCGGCGGCUGGCGGUGCGAUGGACCUGGCCGGGCUCCUGCUGGACGAAGAAGGCACCUUCUCUCUCUCCGGCUUUCAAGAUUUCACCUUCCUCCCAGGACACCAGAAGCUGAAUGCUCGGAUCCGAAGGAGACUGUACUAUGGCUGGGACUGGGAGACUGACUGCAACCUGGAGGAGCUCUCUAGCCCUGUAGCAGACAUUGCAGUAGAACUGCUCCAGAAAGCAGCCCCCAGUCCUAUUCGCCGACUCCAGAAGAAAUAUGUAGCUCAUGUGUCACGGGAGGCGUGCAUUUCCCCGUGUGCCAUGAUGCUAGCUCUGGUAUACAUUGAGCGGCUCCGGCACCGAAACCCGGACUACCUGCAGCAUGUGUCAUCCUCGGACUUGUUCUUGAUCUCCAUGAUGGUGGCCAGUAAGUACCUCUAUGAUGAAGGGGAGGAAGAGGAGGUUUUCAAUGAUGAAUGGGGAGCUGCUGGAGGUGUGGCUGUGCCCACUCUCAACGCCUUGGAGAGGAGCUUCCUACGUGCCAUGGACUGGAGUCUGUACACUGACCCAAGGGAGAUCUUUGAGGUGCUGAGCUGGCUGGAGAGUUGUGUGGCUGAGCAGCAGGGUCGACGGCGGGGCUGGUACACCUACACAGAUUUGUGUGUGCUGCUGGAGCAACCAACCUGGCAGCUGGCUCUGGGCUCCCUCUGCCAGAGGCUGGUUAAGUUCUCCUGUCUGUUAGCCAUGGCAUAUGUGAGCAGUGUGGCCUUGGCUGUGGCAUCAGUGGCUGUAAUACACCAGUCCUUGGGGCUGUCUUGCAGUCCCCCACCUGGCCCUCCUGACCUUGGACUGACCUCCAAGGGCCUCUUGGAGCCCUGUUUACCAACUUCUGUGCCACAGUGCCUGCCGUCUUCUGUUAACAUCUCCACCUGCAUGGAAGGCGACGUAGGGCUACGUUCACUCUGGGGCAGUCUUUUGGCCUCACUGACCCCCCCAACACUACCUCCCCCAGAUCCCCCUGCCCCACCCACACUUCUCCAUAACUGCCGCCUUUGCCAGAAUGUCCAGAGAGAUCCUCCAACCUGCCGUGCCUGCCACCACCCCAAUCGCACGGUGUCUGCUGGGCCUCCCAGCCCCUGGUACCACACCCAUGGCCUGGCUCCACCUUGGCCCUGGAGCCCAAUGGCUUCUCCGCUCACCCAUCCCCAGCAGUGUUCCCUUUUCAGUGUCAUGGAGUUGGCUCGUCUCAAGUCUUUCAUUUUCCCAGGCUAGGUAGAGCUCUGAGGAGUGCAUUAAGAGGAUUUGGGAGUCCCUGAGAACCUGGGAGAGGGAAGUUUGACUUAAAUCCUCGCUACCUCUCUGGGUCUUUGGCUGAUCCCCUGUCCUCCUGGGUAAAAGCUUAGGGGAUUGAGGGGCAGAAAGGCUAUAAAAGGUCAUUCACUCUCCCAGACCUUAAUGGCUGGCUGCUUGGCCCAGGGCAGUGAUGGUGUCAGGGAAAACUUCAGCUUGGUGACCACGGGCAUGUCACAAAUGGCAGAGGAGAAGCCCCCAUUUUGGGUCGCUGGGGCUCUUCUAGGCUUUUGCUUUUGAGUUUCCUUGGGUGAAAAAGAAAAGGUUGGGAGAUGGGGGAACUAGGGCGAGGGGAGAAAGGAAAUGUCCACAUGGGCUUGUGUGAUGUCCCAGAGACAGAAGAGCCAGGGACUGAUGGGACCAAGGUGAAAUCUGCUUAGGGAAAGAUGGGUGAGUCAGGAAAGCCUUUCUACACCCAUAGACUGCUGGGACCUUCAACUUUGACCUUCUGUCUCCAACCUCUUAGUACCCUGCUCCGUAACUCCCUCUCUUCCAGUUUCUCUCCAGGUGUUCUCUUCACAGGCCUUUCCGGCUAUUGCUUUGUAUCUGGGUUUUUCAUGCUUUUAUAGAACUGAUAUUUCAAUAAACAGUUUCAGUUGCA